AUGAGAGAGAAGGAACACCCCCCUUCUCCUCCUCCUCCUCCUCCUUCCACCCCUCCCCCUCGUCCCUUUGGGAUGCGAGGAGCAGGGUUAGCCCGGGACAGCUGGUCAAACCCCGAGAAACCGAUCCGGCGGCGCCCGAGCACAUCUCCCCCGCCGGCCGGGCUCGCGCAGACGCCCACGGGCGGAGGGCGGGCAGGCGGCGAGGCCCGGGGCGCGGGCGGGCGAGCGUGCGUGCGCGCGCGCUUGCGUGCGUGUGUGCGGGGCCCGGGCGCCUGGCGCGUGGGAGUGUGUGUGCGUGUGUGUCCAUGCGUGUUCACGCGCGGGCGGGCGCGCGAGGGCGCGUGUGCGCGUGUCUGCGCGCCCGGCCGCUCGGCGCGCUCGGCAAUCGAUUACAGGACAAGUGCUGCCCCGGCGGCUCCGCGACGCGCGCACUCCCUCGCGCCCACCCGCGCGCCCGGCCUCGUCGCCCCCCUCCCGGCGGCCCCCGGACCGCGGACCCCGCCCCCAAGAGGGGACCAGGUAACCAGUGUACCGGCGCGCCUUGGCGACCCCAGCGCACUCCUUCCGAGUCAUAAUAAAUCUCACGUUUUCUGCCGGCUGGAAAGGAAGGGUUGGAACGGUGAAGGGAGGCUCAUUUCGGCCGCGUGA